AUGGCUCCAUCUCUUACAAGUUCGGCCAACUUCCUUCGGCCAAAGACAAGAGAUCGUGAAGAUCGCCCCAGUACUCGUGAAAACAACCAGGAUCACAACCUCAUGAUUCCCAGCCGAACUUCCUCUCUUCACUCAAGAAUCACACAACCAAUUCCUUCUACACUGAGUGCCAAACCUCAAGCACGAACACCAAAGACCCUGACUCAUGCCUAUAUGGUAUGUGGCGUUGGCCGAGAACCAGCACAAUGGGUAAAGGCACCAGCUCCAGCGCAAGGAAAGAUUCAACACAUGAAAGGUGCUGUUGGUCAAUUUUGGCUUCCUGAGAUUCUAGGUAGUAGCCCUAGACUCGAGCAAGAUAAUGAAAUCGCCAGAGCUCUUCACUCUGCAAUGAGGGCAUGUUUCCCCCACGAUGUCGAAAUCUGCACAGGUCGCAGUCAACCUCAUUGUGUUCACCAUUCCUUCGUCCUCCAACAAGAUUCAUCCCAUACUUUAUAUGGUAUCGCAUUACGAGUUUGGUCCCGAGCAGAUGAGAAGCGUGCAGAGACAAUUCGCGACUUGAGACGAAGAACCGAAUCGGACUUCUACGACUCUCCAGAUGAGACUUACUGGAUUCCAUACUGCUUGUCUUUCCUCUCCAGGUACCCAUUGUACAAUUUGCUGGGAGACUACCUCAGAGGAAUGUGGAUUCACUGGAACAAAGCUACCAAUCUUUUUCAUGCUGAAGAGGUCUCGAGAAUAUUGAGCUUCCCCGCUCCCAGACUCAAUGAUCUCGUCCGUAUCGACAUGAAGGAUUACGCACUUUGUUAUCAAUUCCCAUCUUCUCCAACAGGCUUCCAAAACUUCGCCAUGUGGCCAUUGUUCUCCUGCUUGUCUAUCCCUAACAUUGUAGGAGUAAUCGAGGCAGCUUUAUCGCCCACCCGCCGCAUUAUCUUCGUUUCUCAUUACCCUGCCAUGCUCACCGUGGCUUCCGAGACGAUUCGAUAUUUCGUUCGAGUUUAUGAAUGGAGCGGUCUUUAUGUUCCUGUUGUUCAUGCCAGACACGCCCAAGAACUUGUUCAGGAACCUGGACCAUACAUUCUCGGAAUCACUGCGGAAUGUCGAUCUCUGUUCACCGCGCCCACAGAUGCCUUGAUUGUGGAUUUGGAUCGCAACUUCGUCCUUACAUCCAGCCCACCAACUGCUUUGAAUGUUGGUCAACGUACGAAAAUGGUCAACCGUAUCACUCAAGCUCUCAACGGUGACGUAACACCUUCUGGUGUGCCACAACAUCUUCGUUCAGCUUACGGUGGUGGUAAAUUGAUUCCAGCUGGUCAAAUCAUCGUCAUGCGCGGAGAAGUUGAGUCUAUCCAGAACCCAGAAUGGUGGAACCAGGAUGCUACCAUGGCUGUGAUGGAUCAUGUUUGUGAGAAGAUGGGACGAAACACCGGAAUCAAGGCUGUUUUUGGAGGAGCACAGAAGAAACCUCUCAUGACCAAGGUUUCCAUGAGACAUCUGAACGAAAUCGUACGCGAGAGAAAUCAAUACUCUAGAGAUGCGCUUGAGGCAUGGCAAGACUUCAUCAACCUCAAGGGUCGCAUGGAUACUGAAAUCGGCAAAGUUUCGAAGAGAAACAACUUCUUGGUCGAGGAACUUGAAAGCUGGAAACAACAAUUCCUCAAGUUCCAAGCAUUUGCUGAGCAACUUACCAAGGAGACUCAAGACCUCAAGGUCAAGAUCGAAACCCACAAACGAGAGAAUAGACGUCUCACUGGGCUCAUCGACCAACAGAAAGACGAUGCAGUUCGUGUCAACACUCGCCUUGCUGGUACAGAGAAGCAGCGUGAUGAUGCUCUCGAGGCACUUGUUCUCCAACAAGAAAUUGCUGAAGAACUCGAGCGUGAACGUAAACGCAACAAGAAAGAACUUUCGGAGCUUCAGCGCACCAACUCCACCCUUCUCCGACAACGGGACGAGGCGCAACGUGUUGUGUUGCAUCUCCGCAGUCUUAUCGGUGGCCAAUCUCACCACUUGGAGCACUUGGUCCGUACCAUUCAGAAGAGUCCAGAUAUGAGUGAGUAUCUUGAUGCAGAGUUCGACCAAGAGGAAGGAGAGAACAUGGGCGAAAUCGCAGAGGAAAGUAAGGCUGAGGAUAAGAGGUCUUCGUCACGAGGACCUUCUGAGCGUGGAUCGUCUCGUGGAUCUUCUCGUACGCCGUCUCGUUCACAAAGACUCAGCCCGUCUGGCGAUGAUAUGAGUUCUGAAAUGGAGGCAAGAUUGGUUGGUAGUGUGCGAAAUAGCAAGCGUUACAGUGCUAUCAGCAUUGCGGAUGUCGCCGAUCGUCAUCUUCGGGACAAAACCGAUGCCAUCGCUCACAUCAUUCGAAACAUCAGUGAUCAAUGCGCAGCGGCUGUAGAGGGUCUCAUGAUGGCGCAUGAUGCUGAUGCCGAAGCGGAGGAACUUGUUAUGAGAGAGAAGCAGAGAAGAAAUCGCGAAAGCAAUCUUUCAACCAUGACCAGUGAUGGCGAACAAUCGGGCGAAGACAGCAUGCUUCACCCAAGCGGGCGCUCUUCCAGCAUUCCUCCAACUCCAGAUCUCAUCCACAGAUCCAGCACAGCCAUGUCUGUCGCUAGCUCCGUUACUACACCCGAAAGAGUAAGCCAGCAAUACCAUGUCAGAGACGACCUCCCAACCAAAAUCAUCGAAGAUAGUGAUGAAGAACUCGGCGGUAGAAGUGACGCAGGAAGUAUGCGCCACAGCCUGAUUGGAAAGCCAGCAUUGCUCCACAGACCUGCGGGUGCUCGAAUCAGUGCUCUGGGUGGUCAUUAG